GUAAUAAAAGAAAAAAAAAGGAGGAAAGUUUGGCUCUGUUCAAUUUAAGCUACAGCCAGCCAGCCUUCGCCUCGUCUCCAGCUACACCAUGAGGCUGCUUCUGUUGCUCCCGCUGCUGGUAGCCGGGUUGACCUCCGCUGUGGUCGCCGCGGACGCAGACUCCGGCGAAGUGGUGUGUUACUUCGGGUCGUGGGCUGUGUGGCGGCCUGGCGAUGGCAAGUUUGACGUGGACGACAUUGAUCCCUUCUUGUGCACCCACCUUAUCUUCGGCUUCGCGGGACUCAGCAACGAGACCUGGCAGAUCGAGGUGCUUGAUCCCUGGAAUGAGCUGUGCCCGGACGAGGAGGGCGGCAACAACUGCGCCUAUGACAGGUUCGUGGCUCUGAAGGAAGUCAACCCUUCGCUGACGAUACUGCUGGCGGUGGGCGGCUGGCGGGAGGGCUCCGUCGAUUACUCCGUGAUGGCUGAUGACGCACAGAAGCGGAAACUCUUCAUUGACAGCACUAUAGCUCUGAUCCGCAAGCAUGGUUUCGAUGGGCUGGACCUUGACUGGGAGUACCCGGCGGCGCGGGGUGGGAUUCCGGAAGACAAGGAGAACUUCGUCACUCUGAUUCAAGAAAUGCGGCGGGAAUUUAACAAGUUCAACCCGCCGCUCUUCAUGUCGACCGCCAUGGCUGCAGGAAAGGCCGUGAUCGACGCCGCCUAUGACAUAAAGCCGCUGGUGGACCUGUUUGACAAUUUCCACAUUAUGAACUAUGACUACCACGGCGCCUGGGAGACCCGCACCCACCACAACGCCCCUCUCUGUGGCUACUACCAGGACACAGGCGACGACCUUUACUUUAACGUGAUUUUCACCAUUAAUUACUACCUGGAGCUCGGCGUGCCCCGCGAGAAGAUGAUAAUGGGGAUCCCUAGCUACGGCCGUUGCUGGACCCUGGACUCCCUGGAUGACACUGGAAUGCUGGCUCCCGCGCACGCCCCUGGACCACCGGGACCCUACAUCAGGAUCCCCGGCACCCUUGGCUUCAAUGAGAUCUGCAAGCGAUUCCAGGAGAUGGACUGCACAAUGGUUCGAGACCCUGCCCUACAUGAACCUUACUUCUACUGCCCCUCUGACAAGAUCUGGUGCGGUUUCGAUGACGCAGUAUCAGUCUUUGAAAAGGCGCGCUACGCAAAGAACAUGGGCCUGGCUGGAUUCCUGGUGUGGACCAUUGACACGGAUGACUUCAGGCCGCGCUGCUACGACGAGCCCUUCCACCUAGUCAAGAGCAUGAAGGAAGGAUUCAACCUGCCCGCCGAUGGUAUUCUGCCGAACUGCUCGUACACACCCUCCACCACUCCACUCCCUACCACCACCACCACAACCCCAGAACCUACCACAACCACCACCACCACCACCACCACCACAACCCCAGAACCUACCACAACCACCACCACCACCACCACCACAACCCCAGAACCUACCACAACCACCACCACCACCACAACCCCAGAACCUACCACCACCACCACCACAACCACCACUACUACCACUCCUCCUCCUACCACUACCCCUGCCCCUACCACGACCACUGUUCCAACCACGCUUCCCCCCGUCACUACCCCGCCUCCUGUGUCAACGCCUAAGCCUCCACACCCUCGCCCUGACUGCACUAACAUGCCCAACGGAGCGGUGUUCCCCCACAAGGACUGCAAUAAGUACUGGGAGUGUAUAAACGGCCAGGCUGUUCUGCAACUCUGCGGGCCCGGCACUCUCUUUGACGAGGACCUUAUGCUUUGCAACUGGGAGAACCAAGUGGACACCUCGGACUGCACCUUGUGGAUCUGCGAGGUGGACAACACGUAUCUGCCUCACGCGGACUGUGACAAGUACUACCGCUGCUACAGCGGCUCGCCUCACGUGGAGCAGUGCCCGAACGGCCUCUACUGGAACCAAAGCCUUACCAUGUGUGACUUACCCUCCAAAGUGGACACCAGUAAUUGCAACGCAGUGUAGCUGACUCGACUCGCUUGUCUACGUUUUCUCUUAUAAGCUGCUGCCUUGUGUAGGUCAUCUGGCCUCUCACAGUCUAUUUAUCAUAUUGUUCUUAUGUUGUUAUGUGCGGAAAUAUAACACAUAGUAACGGAAACAUAAAGUCAGUAAUAUAU